AUGGGACGGGUCGUGACACAGAUGAAGAAUAAAGGGGAACAAAUGGAGCAAAUGGAGCAAAUGGAGCAAAUGGAGCAAAUGGAGCAAAUGGAGCAAAUGGAGCAAAUGGAGCAAAUGGAGCAAAUGGAGCAAAUGGAGCAAAUGGAGCAAAUGGAGCAAAUGGAGCAAAUGGAGCAAAUGGAGCAAAUGGAGCAAAUGGAGCAAAUGGAUCAAAUAGGGCUAGCAGAGUGCUCAGGCGUUGGCCCUGAGUUACCAUAUGCCUGGCCGUAG